AUGAAUGUCGACUUUCAGGGUGCGGAUAUGCUUGCGAAGGGGCUAACGAAACUCGGGUUUGCACCGUGUGUACUGCACGGUGGCAAAGGUCAAGAUGCCCGUGAAUAUUCGUUAGCCGCGUUGAAAGACGGCAGUAAGGAUAUUCUAGUGGCGACAGAUGUGGCUGGACGAGGUAUCGAUGUUAAGGACGUUUCGUUGGUACUGAACUAUGAUAUGGCUAAAUCGAUUGAAGAUUAUACGCAUCGAAUUGGAAGAACUGGUCGUGCUGGUAAACAUGGUAAGGCGAUUACGUUCCUGACUCCCGAAGAUAAGGAUGUGUUUUAUGAUCUGAAACAAUGCCUUCUCGAAAGCCCGGUCUCUUCGUGUCCACCGGAAUUGGCCAAUCACCCAGAAGCCCAACAAAGACCGGGUGUUUUUGUGCCGAAGAAACGACAAGAUGAAACGUUGUAUCGUAAUUAA